AUGCAGACCGGCAUGAAAGUGCGAUUAAUCCUGGCGGGCAUUGGAAUUUUCUGCGGUAUUUUGGCUGGAACCUGCUUCUGGAUCAUGUAUGGAGUACGUUUUUGACAUUUUUGCUAUUUUUAGAUCAUUAGUUUAACAAAAAAAAAGCAUAAUUGAAAUUCAAAAAUAACCCAAAUUUUUGCUGUUUAGUUGAGUUUCAAAUUAACAAUAAGCUAAAAAAUAGUGUUUUUAAAAUACGUGAAUAUAGUUUGCUUCCAUCUUUCAGAACGUCAGUGCGACGACUUUGGCCUACUUCAGCUCAGUUUGCGCAGCCUUUGCGUUUUACACACAUUGGGCCUACCAUAAACAAUGGAUGCUACAAUGGUCGAGUGGCAAAAUUAAAGCUUCUAUUAUUAUUAGUAAGUUUUAAAAUCCGUCAAUGACCCUACAUUACUAUGUAGCACUUGAUAUCGAAAAAAGUUCUCUAGCACUGCGCGAUAAAGCAGAACGCGACAUUUUAAAACGUUUUUGGAGCCGCAUGUGAGAUGCCUCGUUUUGCAGAAAGUACUGAGAUUUUGUGUGGAACCUUUGCGCCAAAAUUUGCAAGUAAUAGGCGUAGCCCUAUUGUACAGUGCAACGAUCCAACAAAAAUAUAUUCCCCUUUGCCCAAAAGCUAUAAAGAUAAUGGCUACAGCAUGUUAAAUGGAAGCUAUUUGAUGUCCAAGAUUAGAUCCCGUGACUAUCCGGAACAAGCCUUGCUUCCUUUUCAAAAAAUAACGUUCUAUUUUAUUGAAAUGCAAGUUAGAUUGUGACAUAGUCUAUACAAUUGAUGCAAGCUCUAUGAAAUGCGUAAAAUCUGGCUCUUAGACACAGUGGCGGACCUGAUUCACUGGAAAAAACCUAUCAUUUUGCAUCCGGGAAGUAUCAAAAAAUGUAGCAAAAUACCUCCCUCUCCAAGUGAAAGAACUCCGACUUUCCAAAGCGCGCCUGUUCUUUCUUUCAAAACAGAGUUUUUUAGUAUGAGAGGGAGGCAUUUUGCUACAUUUUUUGAUGCUUCCCGGAUGCAAAAUGAUAUGUUUUUUGCCACUGGAUCAAAUACCGUCACUAUAUUUUAGACUCUAAACUUUCUCCGCAUUUUUCAUAUUCUCUCUUCCGCAAAGUUCGCUGACCUUUUUAUACUGCUAUCCACAGCAACUUCUUACUUUUACUGAGCCUUACCUACAGUAUCCAGAAAAAACUCUAUUUUCAGACACAAUCCUCUGCGUUCUCGCGCUCUGUGGAAUGAUUGCGUCGCUGGUGAUCGCCGGAGUCAAAGGCCAGACCAUUGAUCAUGAGGGGCUCCAAGGCGAGAACCUGUGGAUUACGGCGGUGUGGUUCUGGAUGACCUUCAAAUGGACCAUGAUGUCGGCGAUCUAUACGCGCAAAUAUGCUCGCAAUGUAAAUGAAUCUCUUUUAUACUUGUCCGAAGGCACCCAAACAUACGAUGCCUUGGUCUGAUUGGCUGCUGUGCUUAUUUUACAUAUGAUUUCACUUUUUUUGUUUUUGAUUUUUUUUGCUUUUUUGUGUGUAUACUAACACGGGUCAUGGUGUAUAUAAAAAUGGAGAAAAUGAAAGAAUUUUCAAAAUGAAAAAAGAUGGAGAAUGAAGCAAGGAGAUAAAAAAAGUCACGGAAGGUUGUAAAAUACGACUUGUUGAUGUGUUUGAGCUCAUAAAACACAGUUUUAACAAUCUGCACGGUGCAGUGACAAAGACAAAUUUUUUGGAAAAAAAUGUCACAAAGCAUUUUAUCAAUAUUUUGAAGGUUUUCAGAGUAACAGUGAUAAAAAAAUAAUAAAAAUGGUGAAUAACUUUCUCGUAUUUUACAAUCUUCUUUCUAUUCUCAAACUUCUCCAAAAAAAUUUUUUUUAAGCAAAAUUUAUUGUCAUCUUUUAUUUUCAGCUACCUCAAUGUAAGCCCUCUUGGCUCUACUAACCGGUACUAACCUAAGUUCGCACUUUUCUGUUUGCCUUUUCCAUUUACCUGCCGACAACACGGGUAUCGUCACAUUUCACUUCACCGACAUUACUAAUUGCACUAACUUUUUUGAGAUUUUGUUGUUGUUUUUGUUGAUAACAGUAAUAAUGCUAUCUUUGUUUUUUUUUUAUUUUUGUGCGGUAUUCUUUUUGUAUAUUGUGUUGAGUUUUUUGUGUGUGAUAGGAUUUGUGGGAUACCUUUUGAUACUUUUUAUUUGUCUCAUUUUUCAAUGAGGCACAUAUUUCUGUAUUGAUUUCACUAUUUUCAUAAAGUGCAUGUCUUGAUCUGCCCCGGGGCCAAUGUGCUAUCUGAAAGUUUGCUGAAAUUUAGCUGAAAAUGGUAGGGCGCAGCUGAUAAAACUGGCACGGGCGCAGCUCGCAUCUCGAGGGCAGCUCGGAAAACAACGUUUCGCAGCUCGCCGGAGCUAAGUUUCGGCUUGUUUUCGAGCUGCGCCCAAGACGCGAGCUGCGCCCAUGCAAAUUCUCCGAGCUGCGCCUAUGAUUUUCAGAAAAAUUUCAGAUAGCGCAUGCUCAAAAGAACCCGCAUCUUGCACCGUGCGUCUCACUGUUUUUUUGGUUUUUGCACUGUGCGGUAUCGCUGCGACAAAGAAAGUUUCAACUUUGUCGCAGCGAGUUGUCAGGAUUUUGCACAGUGCAAACGGAGUUUUUUGAGGUUUGCACUGUGCCAAAAAGGCAAAGAGAGAAAUGCACUGUGCGGUCGCGACAAGCGUGAAAGAAAGUUUAAGACGCACUGUGCGGAAAGCGAAAAAACUCUAUGCACUUUAUAAAAAAUACUUUUCAUUUUGAUGACUUUUUUUAAGAUCAAAAUGCAUUUCCGGCACUUGUUCAGACUUCAAACUUUUGCUUUCAGACUGACGGAUACACCGUGGAACAAGACUUUUGA